AUGGAGCCCCGCACUGUCAUUCCCAUUGACCAGAACUGGACAUUCAAACAGGCCAGCCAUGACGAUAGCACAUACCUUCCCGUCGGCCAAUUCCCGACAAACGUCCACCUAGACCUUCUCUCCCACAAAAAGAUCCCAGACCCUUUCAUUGGCAAGAAUGAGCUCGACGUCCAAUGGAUUGGAGAAGAAGCCUGGGUCUAUAGGACGACCUUUCCAACCCCCUCCGACUUUGGGAGCGCCGCAAAGGCCGUCUUGGCAUUUGAUGGCCUCGACACGUUUGCCUCGGUGGUGCUGAAUGGCGACACUAUUCUCGAGUCUGAGAACAUGUUUCUGCCAGAGCGCGUCGACGUGACUUCUGUCCUGAAAAGGGACGGAGAGAAUGAGCUGGUCAUCACAUUUGACAGUGCCUAUCUCCGGGGCUGGAAGCUGGUUGAAAAGUACCCUGACCACAAAUGGGGCUGCUGGAAUGGUGACAACUCCAGACUUGCUGUGCGAAAGUCUCAGUACCAUUGGGGAUGGGACUGGGGUCCGGCACUUCUUACUUGUGGCCCAUGGCGACCAAUCAACCUCGAGUUAUACGAGUCCAGGAUCUCAGAUCUUUGGUGUGAUAUUGACGUGGAUGAGUCCCUCAAGACUGCUACGGUCAAGGUCAAUACGACGGUCGAGGGGAAACCGGCCAAGAUUCGCUUUGAUGUGUCUCUGAAUGACGAGUCGCUGGCUCGACAGGAAGUCGAAGGUACCGAUGCUACAUUCACGAUCAACGAUCCAGAGCUGUGGUAUCCCGUACGAUAUGGAAAACAGCCCCUAUACACAAUCAAGGCAACCUUGGUGCAUCAGGGCAAGGAUAUUGAUGCCAUCAGCAAGAAGAUUGGACUCAGGAGAGCUCGGUUGGUCCAAAGGCCUCUCAAGGAGCAGCCGGGCACGUCAUUCUUCUUUGAAAUCAACAAUAUUCCCAUAUUCUGCGGCGGCAGCGAUUGGAUCCCAGCCGAUAACUUUCUCCCGCGUAUCAGCAGGGAAAAGUACUAUGACUGGGUCAAGCUCGUGGCUGAUGGCAACCAGUUCAUGAUCCGGGUCUGGGGUGGAGGCAUCUACGAAGAGCAAGCCUUCUACGACGCCUGCGACGAAUUUGGCAUCCUCGUCUGGCAGGACUUCAUGUUUGGGUGCGGCAACUAUCCCGCUUGGCCAGAACUCCUUGCGUCGAUCAAGAAAGAGGCUGAAGAGAAUAUUAAACUGCUCAGACACCACCCUAGUAUCGUGAUCUGGGCUGGCAACAAUGAGGACUACCAAUACGCGGAGAGUGAGAACUUGACAUGGGAUCAAAACGAUCACAAUGCUGAAGGCUGGCUGAAGACGGACUUUCCCGCCCGAUACAUUUACGAAAAGAUCUUGCCGGAUGCAUGCAAGGAGCUUGUGCCGGCGACAUACUACCACCCAGGAAGUCCAUGGGGCGGUGUUGAUACCCAUGACCCGACCGUUGGCGACAUUCAUCAGUGGAACGUGUGGCAUGGCACGCAGGAAAAGUAUCAAAACUUUGACAAGCUUGUUGGCCGUUUCGUUUCCGAGUUUGGCAUGGAGGCAUUCCCAUCAGUCAAGACCAUUGAUGCCUUUUUGCCACUCGGCAAGGAUGACCCCGAUCGCUACCCGCAAUCCUCGACCAUUGACUUUCACAACAAGGCCGAUGGUCACGAGCGCAGAAUCGCCCUGUACCUGGUCGAGAACAUGCGAUACGCUCCCGACCCACUAGAGCAGUUUGUCUACUGCACGCAGCUGAUGCAGGCCGAGUGUCUGGCAUCGGCGUACCGCCUCUGGAAGCGGCAGUGGAAGGGGCCCGGGCGGGAAUACUGUGCAGGCGCCCUCGUCUGGCAAAUCAACGACUGCUGGCCCGUGACGAGCUGGGCCAUUGCGGACUAUUACCUGCGGCCCAAGCACGCCUACUUUACCGUCAAGCGCGAGAUGGCACCCGUCAGCGUCGGCAUGACCCGGCGCGAGCACAAGACGCCCCGCGACAAGUACACGCGCGUCCAUAUUGACACCAAGAUCGAGAUUGAGAUCUGGGGAUCCAACCUGACCCUCGAGGACCUCGAGGUCGACUGCAUGGUCAAGGGCUGGGACGUGGAGACGGGCGAGGAAACGUAUUCGGAAAAGGUGGCUGACAAACUGCUGCUCCCCAAGAACCAGAGCACCGAGGUCGUGGCCAUGGAUGUUCCCGCACCCAAAAAGGGCGACGAGGGCCGUACCAUUGUGGCUAGCUACCUGAUCCGGGACGGUGAGCAGAUUGCGCGCUACGUCAACUGGCCAGAGCCUCUCAAGUACCUACACCUGCAAAAGCCAAAGCAUCUCAAGGCGGAGCUGAACGAGGAUGCGACAGCCGUGGCCAUUAGUGCCGAAGUCCCCGUCAAGGGCGUUGCGCUCGAGUGUGAGGAUGACGAUGUCAAGUUUGCUGACAACUUGGUUGAUAUUGUGCCGGGUGAGAUUGUGAGCAUUGCUGUCACGGGUGCCAAGAAGUCGAGCAAGAUUACGACUCGUUACCUAGGCAUGAUCUAG